AUGCCCACAGUGUAUGACCCAGACAUGAAUGUCUAGUGUGCUCAUACUGCAGGCUGGACUCAUGUUUCUAACGUUCACUGUAUUGGUUGACAAAAAAAAGGCACGUCCCCCCUCUCUGAAAUGCAAUCCUGGAGAAAAAAAAAACGCAACAAAAAUGGACCCGAUAACUUUAACAACGGGGUAGGAAGAGAGAGAAAAAAGCGUCUGGCAGCAGUCGAUAUUAAAAACAUGCAGAGGGAGACAAGCUCGGGGCCUUCCAGAGUCAGGAAAAAGACUUCGGAGAGCUGCAGACAGGAGAUGGGUAUGGCAAUUCUAUUUUCCCCCUGCCCAUUGAUUUGUAUAUGAAAACAUAGCGCUUUUAUUCUCCCCCCUUCUGGGCUCUGCUUCUGAGUGAUCAGCUGAUGAAGAGACUAGCAGCUCGCCGCUAUGCUGGCUUGCUAAUUCUCUCCCCCACAGCUGCAGCCGAUCCUGAUAGCCAGCCUGCAGAUUGCACUCAGGUAAAUAUCCUUCUCCUUGUCCUUUUUUCUCUCCCCCUCUCUUCUCAGACUCUGGAUUCAGCCAGGCUAGAUCGCAUGGGAAGAGAGGAAGAGAUGGAUAAAAUGUGUGUGUGUGUGUGUGUGUGUGUGUGUGUGUGUGUGCUGGGGGGGAAGAGUGUCUGUGAGUUUAUAUGUGUGUGUGUGAGGGAGAGCAGAGCAGAGGAGGGGGGGUGAGGAAGAGGGGAGUGUGUAGGUGUGUGUUGUAACAGAUGAGAGGGAAUCUUUGCCAGAUUAGUCAGGGAAGAGGCAGGCUUGUUAGGAGAAAAGGCACAGGCAUGGAGCAUCACAUGCACACACACACAGACACACUGACAGGCUUCCUCUCACACAUGCACACAGUCAGACAGGCUCUCAGCUGCGUUUUACAUCUUUGAGGAUUACCCUCUAUCCCUCCAGUAUUCCUCUGGAACGAUUGCAGCCCCUUAGAGAGAGAGAGUAGCGGGGCUUUCAAAGCCCACAUUUUGAGCCGAGCGAUGAUGAUGAUGAUGAUGAUGAGCAGGAUUCCUAUUGUUGCCUCCUCUCAGUCAAUAAUCUGCCAUGUCUUUUGGUUUUGCAAGUGCAGCCAUGCCUUCCUUCUUGUUUCUGUCUCAGAGUGUCUGUAUCACCUUCGUUCCUAUUGCAUUAUUGUUUUACAGUUGUGUUGCUGCAUGCUCAUGCUUCUGUUCCCAUCUCAACUGUGUGCAAAAUUCAACAUUUCUGCAUACUUUCUUCUCCGUCCUUGAGAAAUAUUCUUUAUGUAAAAGCGCAUGCUCAAUUUAUUCUGUGAUUUGAGAGCUGCUGCUGUGUGUACUGUAAAAGCCUGUAAGAUUGAUGCAUCAAUAUUCUGCUAGGAUUGGACAGCAUGCUUUUUCUGUUUCCUCCCUCCCUCCUCUCUCCAGACGGGGAUGCUGCUGCUGCUGCUGCUGCUGCCGCCGCUGCUCUUGCUGCAUGCAUACUCAUGUUUCUGGCCUCUAAUUGCCUUUGUGGAGAAUAAAGUGGUUGCAGCAGACAUUCGAAAAUGAAGCGAUGAAAUGGUUGAAAAUAACUCAGGAUGCGGCAAGCGCCUGUGUCGGGCAUCAGAUGCGUAAAAUCCUGUUUCUUUCUCAUUUUUUUGUGACAAACGAGUUAAUAUUUACUGCAUUUUUAGCGUAAAAAGACACGGCGUCCUUAAAUCUAUUCACAUCUCAUGGUGCAUUUAUAAAAUAUGAUGCCUCCCCCUUAAUAAUCAUCUAACAUCAAAGCCUCCGGAUAAAAUGGUCUGUCCUGAAUUUGCAGAGACAGCACAAGCAGUGGGGUCGCUUGCGUUCACGCUGAUUCGGAUGCCAUUGUGAAAGAGAGAUAAAUAAACCCUUCUUCAUUAAAAAACAAAACCAUACUCUGAAAUGCUUCAACCGCUGCCAAAACUGCUCAUUAGCACAGCGGCUUGAUUUUUAGUGUUUGAGUCUUAAAGCUUGCCGCCUGGAGUCUGUUUUUGCAGCACAUUGAAUGUUUGAAAUUUUCUGUGUAUCAGUUUCUCAGCGUCAAAUCUGACAAAAGAAAGUCAAAGGAUGAAUUUUGAAUGAAAAUCAGCCAGGUCUACCUCCUCAGCUCUCAUAGUCCUUCUAAUCAUAAUCUAUUAUCCAGACAACAAAAGCAAGUGCAAGCUUUGAGUGUUCACUACCUGUAAUUUUUGCCUGCUAUACGUUUGAGUUUUAUUUUUGGUCUCCACACUUAUCGCCGUCUCUUUCUGCAGCCUGAGUCCACAGAGAACGGUUCCCUGGAGGAGAUGGAAGAAGACAUCAGUCUGAAAAAGCGCAAGAGUGAUCAACCUGGAGAGAAAGAACUGCAGGGCAAGCAGGAGACAGGUGAAAAGGUCAAGAGGAAGCGAGGACGCCCACCUGCAGAGAAGCUGCCACCGAAUCCUCCUGAACUCACCAGGAUGCUCAGCACGCUGGUAGACAUGGUCAUCAACUACAAGGACGGGUGAGUGCGCUCAGUUAUCCGUGCAUUUUGUUAUAUCACUCCAAUGCAAAUAUAUUUACUGUUCGCUGAGGAAGCACGCUUCAUCAUUUGAUGGUUUGCAGUCAAUUGAAAAAAGUGCAAAAACAGAAUAUCGCCUGUUAAAACUAAAAAUAUGUAAUGUUUUAUGAAAAAACAUCUUCAUUUUAAAGCUCCUGAAAGGAACUUUCGGUUUGUAUCUACUUUGGCGCCCCCUGUGGACAAAGUCAGACAAAAAUCAGACGAGGCAAUAAAUGUUUAUUUUUUUACCGCAGUGAAGUUAGUUUUAGGUUGGAUAUUCAACAGACAUUCACUGUGGAUCUAUCGGUGUCUUCUCACUCUCCAUAACCGGGAAUAACAACAGCAGCACGGUUAAAUCUACUCAGCACUCUCGCUGUCAACGUCGGGUGUUAAAUAAGGGACCGUCAAUAAAUUACCGGUUGAUGUUCUCAAAAAAGGCUGUUUUCUUUCAAUAGCUUCAAUGUCAUGUGACCAAAAGACCUAAAAUUGAUUUAAUAAUAGUACUUAUGUUGACUAAUAAGACAAACAUUAUUAGAUCAAUUUUCAUUGUGCCCCUCAAGUUCUUUGUGUGCAUCUUACCUCUUCAACUUUGGGGCACAUGUGCUCCUUGUGAAAAAAGUUAGUAUCAAGCCCUGUUGGUUAUCCUUUACGUACUGAAAUUGUGUCCUCUGACAAAAAUCAAAUUGCUGACUUUUGACAGUAAAAUGUUUAAUUUUUGUGAUGAUAUAAUGUCAAAGGUUUUUUUUUUAAAAAAGGGCUCUACUGACACCUACCCUCUUGCCCUUGUUUCAGUAAAAAAAAACCUCACUCCGUCACUGGUGGUGUAUCAUAUAAAAAAGCAUCAAUGAGUUGAACUGUAUUUUAAAGAUCAAAAACUUCUCACAGGAGCCUCAAAUUUGAUAUCCUUUGUCAUAAUUUUACUUCACGAUGCAUCAGGUGUUGUAAAUCAGGACUUCUCUAAAGCCAGUUUAGCGCUGUGUUGUUUUAAUUAGUUAAAAUGCAGUUUGACAUCUUCUCGCUGUAUUAUGCAAGGUCCUCCUCCCUGAGAAAGGCAUUGUCUGGAUUGGAGCAUGUUUCGCUCUAAGAUCUGAAUAUUUUGGUCAGCCUUCUCAGAUGUGGGUUUGGGGUUAGCGUUAGGGUCACUUUUGCACGUCAUGGCGGGUGGUCCCCCUUCUUUUUAGAGUGGAGGAUGUAGUAUCCAUCAUUUCCAAAUGAAUGUCACAUUUUGAAUUGUCAGACCACAGCACAGUUUGUCUUCUCCUCAGCCCGUCUCAAAUGAAAUCAGGCCAGCAUGUCUGGAUCAUGUUAGAAUAGUUUUCUCUCUGCAUGGUGCAGGUUAAGCCUGAAUUUGUGAAUGCAGUAACAAACUGUGUUUACAAACUGUGCUUUUUGGAAGUGAUUUCGAGCCCAUGCAGUGAUUUCAACUUCAGAGUUACAUCUAAAGUGACCCCAGCCUUACAUGUAACCCUAACCCGAAUGCAGCACUGCUUUAGAGCCUUCAGUUCACAGCGAUGCAACAUUAGUUGCUGGUCUUGGCCCUUUUGUACACACUUUCUGAUAUUAUGUACUGCAGAUGAUGAAAUCCCCACAUUUGCUUAACCUCACCCUGAGGGAUUUGCUCACCCAGUCUCUUACAAAGUGGUGAACUCUUACCAUCUUUCCCUUUGAAAGACUCAGCCUCUCUGGAUGUCCUUUUAUACCCACUCAUGUUUCUCACCUGUUGCAAAUUUGGGUUAGGGUUAUUGUUUUUAGUUGUUUUUAUGUUUGUGUCUUACCAAAAUGAGGUUAAGUGAACUGUCACGUGGUGUUUCCAGGUUGGGUCGACAGAUCAGCAAAGGCUUCGUGCAGCUCCCUUCAAAGAAAGAGGUACCAGAGUACUACGAGCUGAUCCGGAAACCUGUGGACUUCAGGAGGAUCAGGGUAAGAGUCACUGAACACGCUCACAGCACAGAUCUCAACCGGGAUUUUAAACUCAAAAAAGAAAAAGAAAACUCUGACAGACAUGUCCUUAGAUUGGUGGUAAAUGUCCCUUCAAUCUAAGGACAUAAUAACUUUUUGAAACAUUCAUUUCAAUGUAUAAUAGAACUCCAUUUAGAUACACAGAAAAUGCAAAAAGGCCCAAAAAGUCAAUCUGGUCAUCACAGGAAAGUAUUACAAAAAUUGCUGGUUUUGAAACUGAUCUGAAAUCUGUUUUGUUUUAAUUAGAAAAGCUAAUAUGCUGUUAAAUUAUCAUUGAAUUCUCUGUAACUGAACAGGUAUGGCUCUGUAUGUACUCUGUUUAUCGGAUUAUUGUGGUUGUUUUGGGGUCAAACACUGGCCACCACCUCCACUGACACAUGAAGAUCCGCCGGGCUGCUCUCGGUCAGCACAAGCAAUCUCCACCUUCCAUUUCCAGCUCCCACACACUACCUUGUUGUGACAUUUGUCACAAGUGUUCUUAGUUUGUGUCUCCUGUAGUUUCCUCUACACUCUGCGCUAGCCUCUCCUCUCCUCUUCUCUCCUCUCCUGCAUCAUCUGCUGUGCGGUUUCACUCUCGCGGACAAAGCAAAGUUAAUUUGCGAGCCACAUUAUAGAGUUAUUUCUGUAUCACCCUCAGAAGUGUCACUGUCAUAUAAACCCUCAAGUAAUCAGAAUAUGUCAUUGUCUGAGCCGGCCCCUCUGUCAGACUGAGCCUCAUCACAGCUCUGCAGCAUGACUCUGUCACAGUCGCCCUCCUGAUUGAUGAAACAUCACUCUGAUAGUGCUGUUGUUUUUAACUAAUUUGUGUUAGAUUAGAGCUAAAGCCAAAUUAAGGUUUGUAAAUGUGCACUAAAAACAUUUAUGAAUCUACCAUAACUUAGUGAACUGUAGAGGAUGUGCAGUGAUUUGUGAUCUAGGAUGUUUUCUGCUUCGACCAAGACUGAGAUGCUUCUCGAAAAUUUAGAUCGGACAUGUUUUAGUCGAGGCUUCCAGUAAAUUUGUCAUCUGUUGUUACACCGAGGAAUUCGUGCUCAUAAACGCUUUCUAUGUAUGUGUAUUUGUACUUGACCCUUAAUUUUAAACUUCCCAAACACCAAGAUUCUCUUUUUUUCCAUUAUUAAAUGAUUAUUUAUGUGUGAUUGUAUUACCAGAAACCAAAAUCGUUGUGUCAUUAGCAAACAAUACAACUUCAAUAUUUCUGGUACUUUUUGUAGCCUUUUAAUGCCUGACACCACAAAUUAUGGCCAGAAAAUUAGAUUUUUUAGGAGCUGAAAUUUUUUAUUUUACUUACUACUGAAAAUCAAAAAAAUGUCCUUUAAAUUGAACAAAUAUUUUUAUUUUUCUCAUUUGGUACGUUAGAUAUUUUUGGAAACUGAUAAACUACAAGAGGACAUUUUUAUCAUUUAUCUGACUGUAUUCAGGUUUUUAUUAGUAAUUUGUUAAUCAGAUUGAUUUGAUAGAAGUAUAUAAAAUUAUGUAUCAAAUAUGAUACAAAAGGCAUUGUCUGAAAAGUUUUGGUCCCAACACUGACCCCUGGGGGACGUCACAAGCAGUGUCAGAUUUAUACUCAUCCACAGAGUCUAACAUUUGUCCUGGUUGCCUUUGUGCUAAGCUGGACUCCUUGUGUUAGUUUCAGUGUGUUACAGCCUCACGUUCCCUCGUCUAAUUCUUGACAAGAAAUCUUUAGAGCAUUUGUCUGAGAAAGUUGAACAAUCUUCAUGAUGGAAGUCUCAGUAAUGGGGGGACUGUGUCUGAGUUUGUGUUUUGGGGAUAUAUAUAUAUAUAUAUAUUUCUGCUUUGUCUUUUAUUUUUCCUCUAUUUCUCGUAAUGGUCACUUUGAUGGUUUUUAUACUCCCCCCUCUGCUUCACAGGAACGUGUUCGUAAUCACAAGUACAGGAGUGUUGGAGAUCUGGAGAAGGACGUUUUCCUCUUGUGUCACAACGCUCAGACCUACAACCUGGAGGGAUCUCAGGUGAGCCCCUCAGGGAUCUAUUAUCUGACCUGACAGCUUCAAAAUUGUGUUUCAUAACUGUCGUGUCAUUAAGAUCUCCUUUGAAAGGCCGAGGUCUCAUUUGCUCUGAGUUUUCAUUAUGUGUGCUUCUCUUUUCUGCCGCAGAUCUAUGAAGACUCGAUUGUUAUUAAGUCGGUUUUCGAGAGUGCAAGACAGAGAAUCGUCACAGACGCAGAGGCGCAGAAAGAAAGCGUUAGCACCAGCCACAGCGAUAAUGGCGGCAGGGCUGAAGACCAAUUUGUUCCAACAGCAGGUGAGAUUUAAAAUCAUUAGAGUUUCUAUUGAAGAGUUGUGUGUUUUGUUCUGUUUUUCUUUUACAAGCCUGUUUUUUUAAACUAACUUUUUAAAGUCUAUAAAAAAUUCCUGUUUUUCUUUUUCUGACGCCAGUGAAAGCGCUACCAGAAAAGCCAAAGAAGAAGGAGAAGGAGGAGAGUAGCAGAAAUACCAAGGAGAAGAGUCUUCACAGCGGUUUAGACGGCGAGGAAGAUCUAGAGGAUAAAACCACAAAAGAUGAAGGCUGAAUUGAACGGCCUUUCCUUUUUUUGUACUCCUGUUCAUACCCUCUCUUCUCCACAUCCAUUUCAACUGUUUCUUCAUUUUCUGAGCUAAAGAAAGGUCUUUGGGGGUAAAACAAAAAAAAACAAAAAAACUACAAAUCCUCAUGGAAACCAUUUUUAUAGAUGACUCAUGCCACUCCAACACGUCUUGCUGCACAUAGUGGUCUUUCCGAUCCUUUUCUGUUUUACCCGCCUUAGUCCCUGUGAUCGCUUCUGCCGAUAUUCUGUAAAUCUCCGGUUUCACUGACUGUUUUAAUCCAUACAUUUGAUUGUAUGAAAUGCCUUCAUAUGUCUUGAAGCAUGACGUAUAUAUUUCUCUUGAAGCUGAUGGCAAUGUUAAUGAGUCAGGGCUGGAGAACCGAAGCACACGAGAGAGUCUUUUUGGAGAAAACGACGACAACAAACGAAGACUGUAAAUUUGUUCAAAUCUCUAGUUUCAUUUAGAGAUGAUACUUUCAUAAGAAAAAAGCAAAAAAAAAACAAACGUGAAAGUGUGGAGUCAAAGACAAAUUUUAGUACAAAUCGAGGUACUUUUGUCUGUUUUUGAUACUUGUUGGAAUAAGCUUGGGUCUAAUCAAAUCAAGGGUACUGAAACUGAACAUUUUUAUCCCUUGUGCUACAGUAUAUUCACAUAUUGUACAGUUUGUGUGAAAAGUUAGUAAUAUUUCUUUUCAUUGACUCUCCUGGUUGUUGGGGGAGGUUGGAAGACGUUGUUAAGACAAUCCCCGGAAAUAUGUAUCACUUCAACACUUGGCAAAUAAAUUUUACCAAAAAGUCCCC